AUGUGGCGAGGGAUACCCUUGCUUUUCCUCUUUGGAGUUAUACCCCGUGUGCUGGGAGAUACGUACUGCAGUGCUGAUGUACCUUGCGAGAUUGGGUGCUGUGGCAAGUACAAUGUCUGUGGUAUGGGCCCUGAUUAUUGCGGUGUCGACAACUGCAUCAACAACUGCGAUGCCAAGGCAGAGUGUAACCCAGGGAGCUGGCCUAGUGAGUACGUCAAUGCCACAACCUGUCCACUCAAUGUCUGCUGUAGCCCCUUCGGCUUCUGCGGAACUACUGAGGAGUUCUGCGGUAGCAAGACUGUCACUGCGCCUUCAUGUGACGCCAGUUCACACUCUAUUACCCGGGUUAUUGGUUAUUACAACUCGGCCGCAGCUACACGAGCUUGUGACGGCAUGGCACCAUUUGCCUUUCCUCAGGGCGUCUUUUCACACAUCUACUUCGCCUUUGGCAGUAUCGACCCGGAUACGUUUGAAGUAAUCCCUGCGGAAGCUGGCGAUGAGUCUCUCUACUCGCAGCUCCAGGCUCUGCAGAUGCGGGAUCCAGAACAAGAACUUUGGUUAUCCAUUGGUGGCUGGGAUUUCUCCGACAGCAACUCCCCGACAGCUACUACAUUUUCCGAUCUCGUGGCUGCUGACUCUGGUCAGCAGAAUGCCUUCUUUAGCUCCUUGAUCAACUUUAUGAGUAGUUUUGGAUUCAGUGGAGUGGAUAUUGACUGGGAAUAUCCUGUCGCUGCCGACCGCAACGGCCGUCCCGGGGACUACAACAAUUAUCCCAAGUUUCUGGCCAAUCUGAAAAAGGCACUGCAAACUUAUAAAUACGGCCUUUCCAUCACGCUCCCGACGAGCUACUGGUAUCUACAGCACUUUGAUAUAACGUCCAUUGAGCCCUCGGUCGACUGGUUCAACUUUAUGAGCUAUGACUUGCACGGUACCUGGGAUAUUGGAGACCAGUGGACCGGUCCAUACCUCGACGCGCAAACCAAUCUUACAGAGAUCAAGACUGCGCUGGAUCUACUUUGGCGGAACAAUAUCUCACCAUCUAAGGUUAACAUGGGUAUGGCCUUCUAUGGUCGCACCUUCACUCUCGUCGACCCUUCAUGUUCCGAGCCAGGGUGUGCGUAUGCGUCCGCGGGGGACGCCGGCACGUGCAGUAACUCGGCCGGGAUUUUGUUUGGCAGUGAGAUAAUGGAUAUCAUCCAGGAGAAUGAUCUCACCCCGACAUUGUACAAGGAUGCUGCGGUCAAGACUAUCACAUGGAACACUGAUCAGUGGGCCUCGUAUGACGACGAAGACACGUGGAAAUUGAAAGCCGAGUUCGCCAAAUCCGAAUGUCUAGGAGGGGUUCUCCCCUUAGUCUCGGAGGAGGUCUCGCCCCUUCUUGGCAGUUCCAACAGUCAAGACCAAUACUGUCGCUUCAUCAAUUGCGGUGAGGUAUGUCCUAGUGGUUUCAAGGAGGUCCCUCGUGCAGAUAAGUCCGGCCAGCUUAUGCUGGAUUCCACCGAGUGUCGAUCCUGGACGGGUCAGACCCAGACGCUAUGUUGUCCGAGCACGGAAGAAAUGCCAACAUGUCAGUGGCGAGGCUUCCAUAAUAGCGGGAAAUGCAAGGGAGGGUGUGAGAGCGGCGAGGCUGAAGUGGGCACGAUCACUGCAGGCUGCCAUUCCGGCUAUCAAUCCGCAUGCUGCACGGUGACCUCAUCCACCAAGCCCUGGUCCCAAUGUGCGUGGACCGAGUCUUGUGAGAGCGACGAAACCUGUCCUUCGGGCUACAACCAAUUUGUUGUAAGCUCCCGUCAAGGCUGGGGAGGUCGCAAGUCCUGCGGUUCCAAAAAGCACUACAACUACUGCUGCUCAGGCGCGGUCCCGGACGCGUUUACCAAUUGCGCCUGGACCGGGCAUGUGGUGGAGUUUACAAAUACCGAGUAUUGCACCGACGCCUGUCCUUCGGGGUCUAUUCGCAUUGCCGAAGAGUCUAUCAAUGUGGUUUUUGGAGCUCAGGACACGGCACAAACCGCGAAUUGCUUGUAUGGCAAUGAGGCAUACUGCUGCGCCGGUACUACUCACACUCUCGUUCCGCGAUACGACAACCCACUCGAAGAUCACACGCUCACUGAAUUCUAUGCAUACCUUGACAGAUUUCUUGCUCACCCGGUUUGCCCGCCUGACUGGGAUCCUGAGUAUGACGCAGGCCUGGGUUUCAUUAUAACCAGAGAUACAAGCUCCAGCAACGCAAAAAGUAUCACCAAGAACCAGGCCCUGGUGCUCUCCAAUCUUCUUUUACUGCUCCAGACCUGGCUCACGUCAUCCUCUCCUUCCCAGCGGUUCGCCGAUGUCUGGAAAGAACUUACCGCGCGCUAUGGAUACGCAGAGCAAGCCGCAAAUGUGACGCUCUUGACGAGUGCAGUCAAUACAGUAGCUGCAGGGAAUGCCUUCACCGGUUCCGCCGAUUAUGAGGUCAGGACCCUGCUGGCACAAACGCUGUGUGACAUUGCAGAGUCUGCCAAUGGACUGGAAAGUUUGAGUGCGGCAUCGGACGCUCUGUGCGAAAUGCCCACUGGAGUGUCCUCGUCCACGUCCACUCUAACGAGGCGCGCAAUAGAUGGGGGGGAUUUGUCCUUUCAUUAUGCGCGUUGGAUCGAUGCUAACCCCUGGAAAGGCAUGCAACAAGUCAUUCUGGAGCUUGCAUUCUGGAUUGGCCCCACGGCUGGUGAGACGCCAAGCGAUUCGUUGCGCGCCCAGUACGCCGAUGCGAGUCACACGUUCGAACCAGACCGAUGGAUUAUAUUUCAUCUGCACAUCGUUCGCGACAGAGGCACGUUCUGGAGGGGGGGCAACCGUAAGCCGGGAUUUUUCCCCGGCGUGACCGCCAUGGGAGUCUACCAAAGCCAAACUAUACAUGAAUUCCCGGCUAGGAACGGAGAUCCCCGAGCCGAGUUUGUUUUCUCAUCUAACUACCGUCUCGGGGAGCUAAACAGCGGUCCGAUGCGAGAUUACAAUUCUCGGACACAGACACUCGAAUGUCGUCGCGACCGAAAUGGACAGCAACUCCGCUGGUAUAUAGGUAGAGAUCUAGAAAAUGCCGUUUCAGGCCUCAGAGACCAGGGGCGUCCCGCCGGGUAUAGUGAAAUCCUCAACCAAUUUGGUCUCUGGCUGAUUCAAAGGGGCAUUAUGUCCAAUGACAACCUGGGACUCUUAUGGCCGCGCAUCAGGGAUAUCCCUGUGGGAAAUACUAAUGGCCCAAGGACAAACAUGAAUGGAUUGAGUGACUUCGACCCAGUAGCCAACGCAUUCAACACAAAUUUUCAAGGGAGUGGGCGACCAGCUCCGGAUAUCUCGGGCACUGCUCCGACGACCACGAAACCCUGA